AACUAAAUGUAUAUGCCACAAAGCAAUUAAACUCAAACUCAAAAAUGGAGUUAUUCUUUCUAAUUGCUAUUACAAUUUUCAUUAUUCUUGCCACUCUUCCAAUUCUAUCUAUCUUUUACAAGCCAAAUGUAAAACUUCCACCAGGCAAAACAGGCUAUCCGUACAUAGGAGAGAGCCUGGAAUUUCUUUCUACAGGCAGAAAAGGCCAACCUGAAAAAUUUAUAUUAGACAGAAUGCAAAAAUUCUCGCCUCAAAUUUUCAGAACUUCAAUUCUCGGCGAACAAACCGCCGUCGUCUGCGGGGCACAAGGCAACAAAUUCUUAUUCUCCAACGAGAACAAGCUCGUCACCGCCUGGUGGCCGAAGUCGAUCCUGAGGCUCUUCCCCUCGUCGAGUCAAAGCACUGUUUUAGCAGAAGGAAUGAGAAUGAGAAAAAUGUUACCUCAUUUUCUAAAACCCGAGGCUUUAAUGAGAUACAUAGGCGUAAUGGAUUCGAUGGCUCAGAUUCAUUUUCAGGAUAGCUGGGAGAAAGAGAAACAAGUCUCGGUCUAUCCUCUAGCUAAGAUGUACACUUUUACAGUUGCUUGUAAAGUGUUUUUAAGCAUGGAUGACUCUAAAGAAGUCGCGAAAUUCGCUGUUCCGUUCAACGAUAUGGCGUCAGGAAUUAUUUCCAUUCCGAUUAAUUUUCCAGGGACUACUUUUAACAGAGGACUUAAAGCUUCCAAAAUUAUAAGGGACGACAUGUUGCGGAUGAUCGCGAAGAGACGAAAGGAACUUGCGGAGAACAAAGCCGAUCCGAUGCAGGAUAUUCUGUCUCAUAUGUUGGUUGCAACUGAUGAAGAGGGUCAGAGAUUGGGAGAAGUUGGAAUUGCUGAUAAGAUUAUUUCUUUGCUAAUUGGUGGCCAUGACACUGCUAGUGCUACCAUUACUUUUAUUGUCAAGUUUCUUGCUGAGCUUCCUCAUAUCUACGACAAAGUUGUCGAAGAGCAAAUGGAGAUUGCAAAGUCAAAAGCAGAAGGGGAAUUAUUGAACUGGGAAGACAUUCAGAAGAUGAAAUAUUCAUGGCAUGUGGCCGCUGAAGUGAUGAGAUUAGCUCCGCCUCUUCAGGGUUCUUUCAGGGAAGCCUUGCAUGAUUUCAACUACGCCGGUUACACUAUUCCUAAGGGCUGGAAAUUAUACUGGAGCGCACAUUCAACGCAUAAGAUGCCGGAAUAUUUUCCGGACCCGGAGAAGUUCGAUCCGUCAAGAUUCGAAGGAUUGGGGCCGGCACCAUACACAUAUGUUCCAUUUGGAGGAGGACCAAGAAUGUGUCCAGGAAAAGAAUAUGCAAGAUUGGAAAUUCUUGUUUUCAUGCAUAAUAUUGUUAAGAGGUUCAAAUGGGAAAAGGUUAUUCCUGAUGAGAAUAUCAUUGUCAACCCUAUGCCAAUUCCUGCUAAAGGCCUUCCGGUUCGCCUUUAUCGUAAAAAUCAGUAAACGGCUCGUCGUUUAAGCUCUGCAAACACAUAAUAUUUCAUAUGGUUGUGCGAUAUUAUAUGUUUAAUUACUUGAAAAUUAAACCUUAAAAAAGGUUUUUGUUAUUUAUUUUCAGCUAAUAGUACUUCUAGUCAUGUUGUAGUUGCAUUCUUUUGCCUGCUUCUUUUUUUAUAUAUAUAUUUUCUCUCUUAAUUGUAAAAGUGAGUACAAUUAUUUAUUAUGUUUUACUUUAUUUUCCUCAA